GUCCUUGUUGAGCUGGUUCAACAAAACCUCGCUCCAACAUCGCACCAUUGGAACACUAGCCCCCUUGCGACCCACGAUCUACAUCCUCGACCCUAAUUCUCUCGACGUCGCGCUCUCUCUCCCCCUCUUCAGAAACCCGCACUUCGCUCGCCAUCGCCAUCCCGGCCCUGCCAUGUCGUCCUGACGCUCCCCCGACCCCCCGGCGAUGAAUCCCAUCGCGUCCCACGCCCCCGGCUCGACCGAUCCCGCGACCACGGCCCUCCAGGGCGCGUCCCUCGCCUUCCAGAAGAAGAAGCCCGCGCCGCCGCCGCCGAAGAAGGACAAUGGCGCCCUGACCGCGGCGACGUCGGCCGGAAGGCCCCGGAGCCCCGUGAAGCACCUCCGCGCCCACAGCACAGGCGGCAGCAUCGCCGACAUGGACCAGUACGGAGGCAUGGCUGUGUCUAGGAUGCACCAGGUCGGUGCGAGCCCGUCGCAGCUGCACCCCGGGUACACGGGCACAAAGGCCGAUCCAAAGAGCGCAAGCUUCAUCGCCGCCACGCUCGCAGCGAGUAGGAACGUCAGCCCGACCCCGAAGGUCAGGACGCCGCGGAGGAGGACCAGCGUGGGCGCGACGAGCUCGUCAAGCGGCGGCGAGGUGGUGGACUCUGGGUCGCUUGCGCCGAUGGGAUCCCUCAUCUCUAUGUUCGAGCAGGCUAGAGCCGGUGAUCCCGUCAAGCGGGCAUCGCCUAGGAGAUCCCCAGCCAGAUCACCCGCCAACUCCAACGACAGUAUCGCAGAGGUGCCAGAGCCACCGCCGACGACGGAUCUCACGUUGAAGCCCAAGCCCAAACCGACGCUCAAACCGAAGCCCCGGCCGUUGACACCACCUCCGCCUAUCACCCAGUCGUCCCCCGUGAUCUUGUCGCCGAAGCCGCGUAGAGCUCUGAAGCCCGUAUUACAGCCAGCAACACCACCCCGGAUCACCACCCGCGCCCCGACCCAGAUCCUGUCGCCUCCGUCUCCCGAUCCUAUAAGGCGAAACCAAAAACCGAAGCAGCAGCCACCUACCCCACCGAAGCCUCGUGGCUCCAACAGGUCUACUACCAAACCCAAGCAAGCUGCCAGAGAUCACGAGCCCGCUGUUACACCAAGGCACUCAACCCCAAAGCUCAAAGGCUCGAGAGCUCCAGCUCCAGCGAAUGGGCGUCCAAAAACGUCAGAUACCGUGUCUUCCGAUGAUACCUUUGUAUCUGCUUCUUCCGCUCAGUCACCUGAACGUCCUUCACCUCCGUCUCUGCCUAGGCCCAGGAGCGUACAACCCGCCUUGAGCCUGCCCCCCUCACCCUCUCGAGAUAUUAGACGACACCGUCUCAAGAACUCCUCAGUCACUAGUUUGCCCCUGGAGUCUCUCACGGAUGCUAUCAUGGCGAGCUCCCUCGCAUCUGCGCGUCUCACGCCUCACAACACCGGCGGCAGUCUGUCAGCACCUACUCUCCCCAGGCGACAGAAGUCACCUCGAAUGAUGCAGACGCUACGCCAACCUGCUAAGUUGUCAGAUGAGGAAGUAGAUCGUCACAAGAAAGGACCUCUCCGUAAACUACACACGGGAAAGAAGCACACACAUCAUGAGGGGUCGCGGAAAAGGUGGCGGGAAGAGAUUACACCGCGAGAACGCAAGCGAUACGAGGCCGUGUGGGCUUCUAAUCGUGGGGUCCUACUCGAUCUAAACUCGCCUCUCAGUACUCCAAGGGCAGAACCCACCGAAUACGUAGUCAACAUCGCGGUCCGCGAGAUCUGGAAGCGCUCCCGCUUGCCAGUAGACGAGCUCGCCGAGGUCUGGGAUCUGGUCGAUCGUCUCGGCCACGGCAUGCUCGGGCGCCAGGAGUUCGUGGUGGGCAUGUGGCUAAUCGACCAGAGGCUUCGGGGCAGGAAGAUUCCGGCCAAGGUGAGCGACAGCGUCUGGGGCAGCGCCAACGGGAUGAAAGUCCACAACCCGAGAACGAAGUGAACAUAGGUGACAUAGUAUACAUAGAUGGACUCUUCCAUGGGUGGAUGGCAUGAGACUUGGAGGCGACGCGUGUUUGACAUAGAUGAUACCCUACCUAGAGAAUACAAUUCAAGAGUAUAAAUAAACAAA